GCAGGUCACUUGAUCAUAAAUCUCGUUGAUCGCGUUAAGUAAGACGUGGUUUGGAAACACGUGACGCGUUGCUAAGUAAACUAGAACAAAUGUCUGAAAACCGGGAAGUGUGAAUCUGAAAAUGGCAGCAGCUUUAACUGAUAAGAGGACGGUCAUCAUUACUGCAAGGGAGAGAGGUCCGGGUCCAGGACGAUAUGCUCUCCCUUCAUCUAUUGGGUUCAUGUCCCAUGACUGCACCAAGCACAUGAAGCCUGCAUACUCUUUUGGAAGAAGAUUGUAUGACGACUUGUACAGAAGUGAUUGCAGCCCAGGACCUGCCUACUUUAUUGAUCCACGAAUCACACGUCAUGGAACAGAUGGAACGCCUGCCUACUCCAUGUUGGCGCGUCAACAUGAUCCAAACACCUUCAAGACCCCAUCCCCAGGAGCUUACUCCCCAGAACAGGUCCACCCACAGGGCGAGAGACAUGCAGCACGAUACUCCAUUUCUGCCAGAACUCCAUACAGACAGAGGGAUCAGAACCCAUCUCCAAAUAAAUACUGUCUACCUCCAGUCCUUGGUAACAAACAGCCAAACAAGCCUGCACCCCCUGCUUACUUCAUGUCAAGUAGACAAAAUAUUGGCAGCUAUCUUGAAGAUUUGGCCAAGGCUCCAGGACCUGGCCAAUACAAUGGAACACAUCCCGAUAGUUACAUGGUCAAGGCCCCACUUUAUUCCAUGAGGAGUAGGAGUUACAUGCCAGGUGACAAUACAAAGAAACCAGGCCCUGGACAACACAGUCCCGAGAGAGUUAGCAUCAACAAGCAGGCCCCACCACAGCAUUCCCUCGGGAUCCGACAUUCAGAGUUCAUUUGCCCUCUGAUCACAGAAUGCUAAAGGAACUGAUUUUUUUUUUUUUAUUUUAAACAGAAGUGCAAUAUUUUUACAUAAUUCUUUUUACCAAUAGUCAAUUUUACAGAUAAUUCAUCGAUGUCUUUAAUCAAAAAUGCAAUAACUGCUUAAAUUUUGUACUAGUAUCCAUUUGAAAAUUCAACCUAUAUGAAUAGAUAGAAUGAACACAAGUUAUAUUGUGAUUUACAAAAUUAACUUCAUUCUAAUACACAUGAUUACGUCAUGGUAUAUGUUAACAUUAUUGUUUACAAAUAUAAAUAAAGAUGAUCACAUUAUUUCUCCUCAGUCUUAUGUGGUUAUGGAAAUUCCACCUUAAACCCAUUUUUAAAGAUUCAUUGCUGACCAAAAUACAAUAAGUUGUAACAUGCAAAAAUUCCUCCAAGUGAAAAAAUUGCAAAAAUAUUUUCCAACGAUAUUAGUACUACUGAAACACAUCUAUAGAAUAUCCAAUAGUUAUAUUCUUGAUUGGUCUCAGUGAAGACAUUGAAACAUGUACGUGGUUAAAUUCAUAACCCAUAGAAUUCUACAAAUGACUAUAACAUAUUUGUAUACAUCUUAGCAUAACUAUAUUUAAGAACUAAAAACUAGAACACUGACAGAUCAGCAAGGGAACUGUUGAGAGGCUCUAUAUCCCCUAAUCAAGAAGCUUGCCAUACGCCCACAUGAACUAUGAUAUGACACUUGUUUCCUUUCAACUUCAUAUUUACUGCACUUGAGGAAAUGUAAAUACCGGUAAAAUAACCAUUUGCCAUAGCAAUAGGCCAGUAUAAGCCUUUGGCUGUGGUG